AAUGUUUUGGUCAUCUGGCGACGAUGUUUACAUUAUUUGUCACUAGAUGGCGUAGGUUUUGGGAGUUUAAAAGUUGCCAGACGGCGAUGUUGCGCGCGUGCAUGUGCAUCUCUCCAUUUGGAUGUGCAACGGGAGCGGAGGCGAGCCACGACGGCUUCUUCUACCUGAAUAUGGAGUGAAGUGCAGCGGAGAAGCCGAAAAAAAUAAAAAGAAGAAUGGAAAAGUGCGAUCGCGAGCGGGAGAAAGUGAGCGCAACAAGUGAGAAUCGCAAGAGAUCGAUCAUCGAUCAUGGCAGGAGGUGGUGCGCGUUUUCCGACUCUUCGUCGUUACUUUUACUUUUUGUGUGUUUUCUUGCCCUCUUCCUAUCGGCCGCGUCCAUGUUUAAACUUUUCCGAUUGGAGGGGCGUGUUCAACAAUUAGAAGACGAGUGCAGGCAGUACCAACUCAGGAUAGACUCUCUAAAUCAAGCGGAGGUCCUUCUCAAACAGCGUGCCGAACAGGAGGAGAAGAGGAGGAAGAGGGAUGUGGUGGCCGCCGAAUGCAUGUGUCCGCCAGGACCUCCCGGAAAAAGAGGGAAACGAGGAAGAAAAGGAGAAGUGGGCGAUCAAGGUCUUCCGGGACCAAUGGGACCUCCGGGUAAACCGGGUUUUCCGGGAGCAAUCGGUAUUGAUGGACCAAAAGGCGAUCCGGGGGAUAAAGGAAGUAAAGGUGAUAAGGGAGAAAGUGGAAUUGAUCUCUUUACACCAACAAAGGGUACAAAACGUUCUCUCAGUAGACUUCAUGGGGGAACAUUGGGUUUUGCAGAAGUCAUCGGUAUUAAGGAUCUUGCCAGUUUGGGGAUAACACUUUCACCAGGCGAUUUGGUCUUAGUUAAAGGAGAACAGGGACCGGCGGGACCUCCUGGGCCAGCGGGGCCAGCCGGUCCUACAGGUCUUCCAGGAUUUGAUGGUAGAGUUGGCUUACCUGGUGAACCGGGUCCUCCUGGUGAAACAGGUAUGCCUGGAAGUCCAGGACCUGCGGGCCCAGUAGGAAAGGAUGGAAUGCCAGGACCUAAAGGUGAUAAAGGAGAUAAAGGAGAUAGAGGUUUGACAACAACAUUAGAUGGAAAUGCAUUCCCUACUGGUUUCAUAGAAGGACCUCCUGGACCACCUGGACCUCCAGGACCUGCAGGACCACCAGGAAGAAAGGGAAAGGAUGGAAGACCUGGUAAGGCUCGAGGACCACCUGGAAUACCAGGUUUAAAGGGAGACAAAGGUAAUUCUGGUGUAAAAGGUGAAAAAGGAACAAGAGGAGAUAUUGGACUACCUGGACCAAGGGGUCUAAUGGGUCCUCCUGGUUUAUAUGGAAAAAAUGGAGAGAUUGGUCCACAAGGCCCUCCAGGAUUGCAAGGACAACCAGGUCCAAAAGGAGAUAAAGGAUUGAAAGGUGAUAUUGGUCUUCCUGGAUUGAUGGGAUCUCCUGGACUGCCUGGACCUCCUGGUAAGACGGGCAGUAAAGGUGAAAAGGGAAACAAAGGAGAUUUGGCUCCUAUUAAGUUUAUAAAAAGUGUGGAUGGAAAUUAUCAUGGAACUCGAGAAUUUCUAAUUGGACCUCCAGGACCAGCUGGUCGACCAGGAGCCCCAGGCAUUCAAGGACCGCCAGGAAUUAAGGGUGAGAGAGGAACUGAUGGACAAAAAGGAGAGAUGGGAGACAAAGGAGAAAAAGGUGAAAUGGGCCCAAUGGGAUUGCCAGGUCCAAUGGGUUUACGUGGAGAUCCUGGAAUACCUGGAAAAGAUGGCAAAAUGGGAUACAGAGGUCCUCCUGGUCUGGAUGGAAUGAAAGGUGAACGUGGAGAAUUAGGAAAAAAAGGCGAGAAGGGUGAACCAGGUCUUCCGGGUACAGAUGGUAUUCCAGGCUUGUCGGGUUCUAAAGGUGAACCAGGAGAUCCAGGACAAUUGGGGCCAAGAGGUAAAAGAGGAAAGCGAGGUGAAAAGGGUGAUAAAGGUGAUCAGUUUAUCAAAACUUUAUAUUUAAAUUUUCAGGGUGUUCCGGGACUAGAUGCUCCCUGUCCUCUGGGACCCGACGGCCUACCUUUACCAGGUUGUGGAUGGCGACCACCUAUAGGACCUAUACCUCCGGUUUCACCUUCUACGAUAGAUGAUGAUGAUGAUGAAUAACAUAAAAAUUUAACAUUACUAAUCACUGCCAUUAAUAAAAUGAUUGAUUGUGGUGUUACCAUGAAGAUGUGGUAGAUCAAAUCCAUUCUCAUUUUGGAGAAAUUUGAGAACAUCUUUAGAUACAGUUCUUCAUUCAAUGAAUAUAAUUGUAAAUUUGCACGUUCGGAAAUGUUCACUGAAUUAAAAUAUUGGAUAAAAAUAUAACAAAUUAAUCAACAUGCAGCAGGAACACAAUUAUCUAAUUACUGCCACUAUUGAAGUUUGGUGAUGGAAAAGUUUAUGGGCAUGUGUGUGUGUCUGUCACAAAUAAUAUACAGUAAUAAACAGGAAAGAUUUGUUAAUGCAGAAAAAUACAGAAGACUGACUAAUUUCUUUGUGAUAAACUUUAUGACACACAAAUAUAAAGCCAAACAAGACAUUCGCUGCAUUUCAGAUCAAAACAAUGAUCAUUUAUGAUUAAGAAAGGUAUAUAUACAUAUAUUACAUUAUCAGAGAUUUUACAGAAUACUGAAAAUUGAAUCUUUUAUUGUAAGAUUUUUUUUGUAAAAAUUAGUGCCAAACUGUUACAAAAAAUUGUUGGAUAACAGAUUAAAAUAUUUGCUAUGAAGUAUUAAACUGUUCAAUUUAUGUUAAAUUGUCAUUUUCUAGAAUUAUUUUAUCUGUAAAUUUCCAUAAAAAUACAAUAUAUCAGUCAAUGUAAAUAUUUCUAGUCUUCUUCAGAAGUACUUUUAGCAUCUUUUAAUGCUUUUUUUUUUAUAAGAAUGUCAUAAGAGAAUAAUAUUUACCAACUAACGUAGAUGGUGCUAAGUUUUACUCUUUACAUAUCAGGUUUUUGCCAUUUCUUAAUGUCUUUCGACCCUGAAGGAUUUAUUGUUCGCUUAUUUGAUGUGUAUUUAUUGCAUUCAUUUAAUUCCUGUCAGCUUAUAAUAAUGCUUAAUGCACUAUUGUACAGCAUUUGUAGUGUGUAUAAAAAAAGGAAACAUACUCACAUAUAAGUUAUUGGUUUCUAAUUGUUAUAAAAGAACUGAUUUUAUAAUUUUUCUUAAAAAGUUAGCUGGUUUUACAUUUCAAAAGGUUUUUCACAAUUUUUCAGAAAUCAAAACCAGUUGGUAUUUUGCAUUCAAUGAAUGUAAUUACUGAUAUGUUCUGUAAAUAAUAAUAUUGGAAACAUGAUAAAUGCAAUCUUAAAAGAAAUUUAACUAAAAAAAAUAUUAAAAAAUCAUCAUUUGUAUACCAUUUUGUGUAAGAUAUGUUUUUGUAUGAUUCAAUGUCUAGUUGUAAUUAAAUGUGUUCCUUCAUUUGGUA